GUUUGCGAACACGGAAGUGAGGUGUUUUCUGUGAUGUGAUGUGGACAAGAUGAUCGGAGAUCUGUUGAUAUUCGGGACCUUACUGGUGAAUGCGGGAGCUGUGCUGAAUUUCAAGCUGAAAAGAAAGGAGUCCCAGGGAUUUGGAGAUGAGUCCAGGGGGCCAACAACAGGUGACAACAUCAGAGAGUUUCUGCUCAGCCUGCGAUACUUUCGGAUCUUCAUCGCGCUGUGGAACAUCUUCAUCAUGUUCUGCAUGAUACUAUUAUUUGGCUCAUGAUCGAAGUUGGCUGUGACUGGACUCCCACUGGAAAGGUUACUUAUCAAGAUGGAUUCUCUUUACUUCUCCUCGAUAGGACUUUGCUGUUAUUUUGGCCCCUUUAACUGUAAUCGUGCUCCGUUUUCUUUCCCACCUUCUUCUGGCUGUACAGGAAUUCAUGAACCGCUGUAUUUAUUUUGUCUUACAUGUUUGUAAGAUCAACACUUUGAAGUUUUUAUGUUUUAUCUUUUUGUUUUUUGGUUAUAAUUAUGCCAUCACUUGUGCUGUCACUGCCCUCAUGUUUCAGAACAUCUACCAUGUUAAUUUGGUAAUUAAAGAAAUAGCAGGGUUGAAAAUGAUGGUCGUCACUAACAGGAUGGUAAAUGUUGCCCGUCUGUCAUCAUUUAACAGUCCUGCUCUGUCCUAAAACCUCUCAUACUGCUACAGUAAUCAAAGUUGGUGGUAAACCCUCUAAUUUAUCAAAAUCUUGCUGUUAGUUUUGUGACAGGCUGAAACAUCUUUUUACUCUUUUUUUACCUGCACGGUCAUCAGAGUUCAGCUGGAUUUAAGUUGGUUAAAUGGAUCAAACAUCUCUAAAUUUACUCAUUAGCUGUUAUGCUCUCGUGUGUCAGUAAAGAGUAUUUAAAUGCAGCCUUUCAGAUAAAACAAAAGCCAUUUUUCUUUAUUCUGGGGCACGUGCUGUAAGUAAAUGUAUAUGCACUAUUGUGUAAAUGUGUCCUUAUUCUUAACAUUCAAUAAAAAUACAUUU